ACAUUUAAAACCCAUUGCUACACUUAUAUGAACAGAACAUGCCAUUUUUGGGGUUGGCUAACCUGUAAAGGAACUUAUUCCUGUUUUCUGUUUGUUUGUUUGUUUGCUUGUUUGUUUGCUUGUUUUUUGUUUGUUUGUUUUUUUUCAUUCCCCUCUGUAUUUUAUUUUUUGCUGAAAAUGAUUAAACUAAAGUAUGCCAUUGACUAUCAUAUUGGUAGGAUCAGAACCAUAUCAGUUUAUUAGCUUGUUGUCUUCUGGGAAUUUAAGAGUUCUUUAGCAUUUCACAAGUAAAAGAAGCAGUGGUACACAAGGUUGAUCUAAUCCAGGUUGUUUGGAGACAUUUCUGCUAUUAGACAAAUGAAGGACAUUCACAUGCAAAAAAAAAGGAGAGAAUCAGUAAAGGAAGUGAUAUGAAAAGAAUAGAGAGGGUCAUCGACCAUUUAAGAAAGGAAACUGGUCAUGACUGAUGGCAAAUUUAACACAACCAGGGGUUUCGUUAAUGUUUUCAGCAGAAGGGCAACUGGUUUUCAAAGGCGGGUAAAACUUUCUGAACUGAACUUCUUUCAUUAGAAGAACUAUAUCCUCUACAUGAUCAAACCAGGAGGGCAAAAUUAUCCACACCCAGUCAAUUUGCUCAGUGCCUCAUUCUUAAUGAAACCCCUGUGCAACCAGUACCAAGCCCUUAACUUGCUUACAGUACCAGUCAAAGGGAUUGCAGCACCUACACGCGUGUAAAAUGUGUGUAGUCUGCGUGUAGUAUUCGUGGACAGUGCGUGGACGGUACGUGUAAUUACACGUGUGUAAAAUUUACUGAUCUGUUAGUUACACAUAUUUGCGUGUAAUUUUACGCAAAUGUGUGUAUUUUAAUCAGAGGAAGAACCUUUGUUAUUCAUACACGCAGUGGCAUGUAUUUUGCAUAACAAAAAGCCACUACUAACUUGUAUUCGAAACCCGCGACUCUCAAUGUUCACAACAAAAAGUAAAUUUCAAAGCCCACAAGCAUUGCUAAAUUAGUGGACUAGCUCGAGCACCUAUCAAACAAAUACUAUUUUUUUAGUUUGUAGCAGUCCGCAUUUCUGCUUAACAUCUAAACUUAAUUCUUAAAGAUCUAUGAGUUUUCGUUUACGACGUGCAUUGCAACGUAAGAGCCCACUCAAACUCGCGUGAUAUCAACAGGCUGUGUAAACAUUAUAAAGCAACUGUUUUCUAUCCGCAAAAACAUUAAUGUAAAUAUGACAAUGAUGAUAUUGUAACCAUGUUUACACGUCUGUGUAGAACACACCUGCCUCUAUAGGUAGUUAGUUUUUGAUUUCAGCAAUAUGGGGUUCCUUGUCUUCAGUUUAGUUAACUUUUUUUUUACAAUUUAUCCCUAGUCAAUUAUUAUUGUUAACUAGGAAUGGAUUGGAAUAAAAGCAACUAACUGAGAGAAAAUGAACCACAUACACACUGUAGGUGAUAUAAAAAAUUAACUGAGAUAAAAAAUUAGUUUAAACAUAUCUGUCCAAUCAGAGUGGACCUGGAUAAGUGACAGCAUGUGAAGCUUACUGCACAUUCUUGGCAUCCUAGUCAAACUUCUUUUAUUAAUUGAUACUCCUCUUCUUAACAGGGCAAGGAACAAAGUUUGUUCAUUCUGCAAUUGUGGUGUGGAAAAACGUAUGUUUCAUGGCAAACUCCAGAGAUAUGCACCAACACCUGGAUUCGACCCUGUCAAGAAGCUCCAAAACAGACACAGACAGAAUAGUGGCUGCGACCCUUUUAGAGACAGACUAGACUUAGAUCCUUGUGAUUCUGGACAGUUUAUUGAAGAUCACCCAGAGCCUCAGCCUGUUGUAACUCGCCGUGGACCUGGCAGACCACCUGGGCGUGGCCGGCGGAAGGGAAUAGUUGUUGUGGGUUUACCUUUGAGAACUGGUAACCAUGACCUGACGGUUGACAAGACAACAUACGGAACUGUGAAAGAGAAGGAGCUGAGUGAUGUAUUUGAGGAUGAUGGUUUCACAUGGGCUCAUCACUGUUGUGCAGCUUGGUCAGAAGGAGUUAGCCAAACUGAUUCUUAUGACUUGAUCAAUGUUGAUAAGGCUGUUGUCAAGGCUUUGUCAGAGCGAUGUAAUCAUUGCAAUCGAUUUGGUGCAAGCGUUGUUUGUCAGAUUCCACGGUGUGGGAAAACCUAUCAUUAUCCCUGUGCAGCAAGCAGUGGUUCUUUUCAGGAUAUUAAAUCUAUGACCAUGUUGUGCCCAGAUCAUUUGGAAGAUGCAGGACGUCUUGCGGCCAGUGAAGCAGAGUGUGUCCUCUGUGGGGAAGCUAAAGAUUUUGGUGAACAGAUAUUCUGCACUAGUUGUGGCCGUCACUAUCAUGGUCGCUGCUUGGAGCCAUCUGUUGAUUUGACUUCACUUAUCAGAAUGGGCUGGCAGUGUCCAGACUGUAAAGUGUGUCAGGGUUGCAGGUUGGUAUUGAUUAGAAUAAUAUUGAUUUUUUCUAACAUGAUGGAAGCGAGAGACUGAAUAGUUUUAAGUAGUCAUAGUUAUGAUGACAGAUUCUUGCAGUGCAGAUUUCCCAAUAACUCUUAUUGGGCUUCACAUAGUCCUACUGCUGUUAGUUUGUUGUAUGUAUGGUGCUAGUACCCCUCUUUCCUUUUUCUGAUUACAGAAGCAGUAUCUUAAUAUGUAAAAACUAGAUGCUCUAAAGUGUUUACUCAGGCUUUGUACCACAGUAUCAAAUCGUACUUUACAAAAACGUGUAUUGGACACAAUAAAAGCAAAUUAAAGAAUCAGGAUAUUUUAGCACAAGAGUUCUGCUUAGAUAUUUACUAUUGAAGUUGCUUCGUUGAGUAUCCUCCUCAUCCUAUCGCAAGUUGUGGGUUUAAACCAUUUUGGUUCAAGAAUGAAGCACAACUGCCUUCGCACUGAUGGAGAAGUUGUUUGCAUAGAAUUUUCGAGGUCUUUUUACAACUUAUGGUGAUUACUUUGUACAUGCUAGCAAAAAUUGUACGAAGUUUGUUUUC